UCCUAAUUUUGCAUUAAUUUCUUCGGCAUUCAUUGUUUUAAGUGUCAAAUUUAAAUUAUCAGACGCAGCGUCCCGGAAAAAAACAUUGUAUAUUGCGUCGUCUCUUAGUGCCAGCGAUCGGAAUUAAUUCUGCACAAGAGCAUUUGACAAACUGCUCAAAGGUGUCUGACAAUGGCAGAUAGCCAAGAGUUCUGCCUACGUUGGAGCAGUUAUCAUCAGAAACUGACUGAAGCUCUGCGGACACUUCUGGACCGAGAAUUAUUCGUUGAUGUUACUCUUUCUUGUGAAGGCCAGUCAAUCCGUGCCCAUAGAGCUAUUUUGUCUGCAUGCUCAAACUAUUUUCAGGACCUAUUUGAAGAAAACAAGCAUCCACACCCAAUAAUUAUACUUACAAAUGUGAGAUAUGAUGAUCUUGAAGCGUUAAUUCAUUUUAUGUAUCAUGGUGAAGUUACCAUAAACACAGAAGCAAUGCAAGGAUUUUUGAGGAUAGCAGAAACCCUUAAAAUUCAAGGUCUGACGUGUAGUACCCCUGCAUCACCUGAACCUGCACUGUCCUCACAGGAUACAGAUGAUGCACCAAUAUCACCAGAGGAUACAAGUACCAAUGACAAUGCAGAUUCUGAAUCUAAUACAGAAAUACAAAAAGAAGGUGCUUCUGCUCCCAAGAAAAUAAAAACAGAGCGUACAAGUCCCCAGCCACAGCCAGAAUCACAAAAACAGCAAGAAAUAAGUAACAUUAUGAAUUCUCUAAAAGGAAUUGGCGAGCUCAUAACAUCUUUACCUCAGAGCAAGUUGAACUCUCCUGGUUGUUUCCUGUACAAUCAAGGCAACAGUCAAAGUUCACCAUUACUUCAGACUCCAAGUGCUUCCUUUAGUCUCACUGGUCGUCCAUUUCGUCACCGUGUUAUGUGGAAUCCUGAUCAAUUACGGAAACUUGAAGAGUGGUAUAAUGCAGAACGCUAUCCCAGUGGUCAAACUAUGAUAGAAUAUGCGAACUUUUUAGCUUCUAUGAACCCCAGUGAAGCAGUUCCUUGUCGACAGAAUGUUGACUAUUGGUUUCAAAACAGAAGACGAAGAGACACACACCCAGAAGUCGUUCAGCAAAGAGAGAAAAAGAAACUGUCCAAAAACAUGUGGAUGGUACGCGAACUGGGAGGUCAGAAUGGUAUGUCAUAGAAGGGAUGUUGCUCAUAGGCCAUUUGUGUCACUCACAUAUCGAGGAAGUGUAGCACAUUGACUGUAUGUAUUCCAGACAUUGCAGCCUACCAUUAUGAGACUUCCAUGAGAGUAACAGAGAAAGAUAUUCUUAUGGUACCCAUACUAGUUUUAGAAAUGGUUAUACUGCUUAAAUAAUUUUGUGCAUGUUUUAGCAGUUACCAGAUUAAAGUUAAUAGCAAUUAAAGUAAAUGAAAACUGCCAUAAUCUUUUACAUUUUAUAAAAAAAAUUUAUAGUUUGGACAAGAGCCACAUUAUUGAUGGAACUGUGGGUAUACUUAUGUGUAACAUAAUUGCUUAAAAUCAGUGAUUUCACUAUUAACUACUGUAAAGUGUGUGUGCGUGUGUGUGUGUGUGUGUGUAUAAAGCAAGCAGGCAAAACAGAAUGUGUGCUAGUUUCUGAGGCAUUACUCAAUGGUUAGUUAUGCUAUUGAUAGGAGUAGCAACUACAGUCAUCAGUGACAUUAAAGAAAAUUUAACUUUAUUUUAUUUAUGCAAAUACAUUGUUAAUGAACCCAGGUUGGUCUAGAAAUCAAGCCAGUUAAAUAAUGAGGAAUGUCCUUUCUUGACUGUUCUCUAGUUCUCAUUUAGUGCUUAACAGCACAAAACCAUCCGAGGAAUCUCAGUUCAGUAAGCAUGUAAGGAAAUUUAUUUCAAUAGGGCUAGUCCAUUUUCAGUUACUCAUCUCUGUCAUCAGCUCAUUGAAGAAUUCAAAGCUAUCAGUAUCACUGCUAUAUUUAUAAAAUGCCUGUUCAGAACUGACUGCAGUCAGAAUUUUAACAAACACACACACUCAGAACUUAGACAUUCAUUUACUUAUUACUUGUGACAUUACAUCUUUUUUACUUAAAUCAUCAGUGUCUAAAGGAAUAUAAUUCCGUAAUGAUCUUAAAAGAUACUGUUUGUUACAAUUAACAUUGAGCUCUUUGUUUUGUUUUUGCUGUCCAAAAUUUUUGUCUGUUAUGUCAUUUAAACUAUUCACAACUUCACUUAAUCUCAGAGGUCACAUUGUUUAUAAUCACUGGUACUUAAAGGUUUUAAAGUCAACUGGUAACAUAUUUUUGAAGAUUCUGAAAAACUUUAGAAGUCUUUUAUAAUCAUGAAGUAGUUGACUCUUUUAAAUAUACCAUUGACCACACCAUUCACUUAGAUUUAAAUGAAUGGUAUGUAUGGAAAAAGAAGUGGGAUUUGUGUUUCCAAUUUUUGUCUAUAAGCCAUCCAUACUUAGGAACACACUGAUGUUACAUCUGCAUUUACUCCAAAUCCAUAGUCUGUAAACUCCAAUGAAAUGUUUCCCUUUGCAUGACUCAUGUUUGAAACACAGAAAGAAUAUCUUCAUGGCAUGUUAUCAUUAAUAAUGAUUUGCAUUGAGCCAUUUUAAAAGUACCUGAUAUAAUGCAACUUUUGUUUCAGUGCCUAUUGGUAUCAAUACCAAGUAUUUGAUAAUUUCAUACUAUUGUAAAAAAUAUUAGAAUAUCAAAAUCGGAAGUACCAUAAGAUUUUGGAGAGAAUCUUUCACUAUUAGUUUGAUGAUUGAAAUGUGUGCCGUAUCUGUGUAAUGCAGUAGUAGGCUUAUACCACAUGUUGUGUAUAAUAAAUUUAUCACAUUUCUGUAUCAUAUACCAGUAAUAUCAAAUGUGUACACACUGCUUUGGAAAAGUGGUUCAAAUAUUGGUUGCAUAC